AUGAUCGCACCAUAUCUGUCAAUAGUCUUACUCGUCGUCGGACUAGUGUCCGCGCGGGUUCUGGUUCGAGAUGAAGCUGCAACGACAUCAGAUUCGACUAGAGACACGCCAUUCACACAGUCAGGGGAGAGAUUCGUUCCCACUAUAACUCUCACAGGGAGUUUUGUACCAGAUCCCACGGUUACCAUUACCGCAAGUCUGGAGAUCAAAAGCCAGGACAACAUCCCUGCUUUGACAUCUGGCCAGACAGCCGAUGCUUCCCCUACCAGUUCGCGAGCUUCUCAUGGCCUUGGAAUCCCAGAUGAACCACAGCCAAGACCGCCAGCAUCCUUUCUCAGUUCGCCCGUUGCGUGGACCUCCGCUGUCCAGCCAACGGCAACCUCCCUACCACCGCCACAAGCUCCUACAGGAUACGCAUUGAUCGCUGGAGAAGCUGGAGCCAAUGAUUCUAUUAUUCUAGACUCAACGAUAUCCGCCAGAUCAGUUGCCAGACGAGACCCGCCGCCGGUGGUCGAUUGGAGAGAUCGUUAUGGAUUCCAUUGGAUUACCAGCGUCCAGGACCAGGGCUAUUGUGGUUCGUGCUGGGCAUUUGCUGCUACCGCGUUGAUGGAAACAAUGGUACGGAUCCAGCAUGGCCCGUGGAGCAAGCGCAGCGAGGCAGAUCUUCAUGACAGCAUGGGCAGUGACUGCGAGACCGGCAACUGGCCGGAGACAGCUCUUUCCUGGGCGCACAAUAAUGGUGAUGGUAUUGCAGAUGCUGCAUGCGACCCUUACUACGCCGACGACAGACUCUACUUCCCAUGCGCCGAUCGAGCGGGCAGGAGUUUGAGGGUACCCGAAUCGCAGCCUUUAUAUACCAUUGAAGAUCAGAAGAAGUGGAUUGAUGAAGUCGGACCCAUCACUGCUGCCUUUCGGAUCUUUACCGAUUUCGACUCCUGGACCCCAGACAAAGGUGUGUAUCGUUAUGACGGCAUAUCACCAACCCGUGGGCUUCAUGCGGUGCUGGUUGUUGGCUAUGAUGACAAUCAGAAGUGCUGGAUCAUCAAGAACCAGUGGGGAACCUACUCUGGAGACCAAGGAUAUUACCUCAUCGGCUAUGGUGAAGCGGAAAUUGAGGGCUUCAUCAAGUACGGGAUAACCAAUGUUGACCCUGACCCCUGGGAUAGGAAGUCUCAUCAGAGCGGGCUCAUGAUUCAAGGCGGAUUCGGAAGCAAGCACAAGAACUUCGAGCUCGUACGAGCCAAUCCAGGGGGCGGAUUCAGUCAGAUCGUCAGGGAGGAUGUAUAUCCCAACACAUGGUACCAAAGUCAGAGGGUGAUGCGCCCUGACGGAUCUGAUCAAAUGGUGGUUGGCCAACCCAUUAUUCUCACCUCGUCUUUCAAUCGAGACUUUGAGGUAUUAUAUCUAACUACCUUCGGUACGCUAAAGCACUGGUACUACAGUCAGAGUGCGUUUCAAUGGUACGAUACGGAUCAAUGGGCUUUUUGGAAUAUCGGAGGAUAUCCAGGAUACGUCCAGAAGGACGAUUCGAGCUUCUCUUUGGUGGUGAGAAGAACCGACGGUGGACUUGUCGAAUUCAAAAGAGACGUACUGACGGCUGACUUUAUGUACGUCCGAGACGUUGCCACCGGUAUCAAGCAGUCCGGGCCAGCCUUGGUGGCGUCGAACGUUGGUCACGAUUACAAAAGCCGUACGAGCAUGGGCAACUUGUACGUGGUGGCAGUUCGCGACGAUGGGAAGCUGCAAAUGUUCUGGCGGUCUGGUACUGAUGAACAGGCGCCUUGGACACCAUCAGAGAUCUUUGGCGAAGAUAUUGGCGACACCCCGCCGGUCAUGGUCCAAGACUAUUGGCGGACUACUGACGAGAAGACCCCUGGUGGAUUCCAGCUUGCCGUCGCCAAGAAUGGCCGCGUGCAGCAUUGGCAGAGAAUCAACACGGAUAUUGACACCGACCCCCCAGUGGAUGGCGGAUGCGGCAAAUGGGAAUUGGUAUUUGAGUUCGGGGUUGACAUCAAGCACGUCUGGUCGUUGAUGCAUGGAUCGAAUCAUCAGCUAGAGCUUGUUGCUGAAGAUACCGAUGGACGACUUUGGCACUGGAGUUACGAAUAUCCGGGCACAUGGAACCGCAAAGCUCUUGUUCCUGGGCCUUAG